AUGAACAUAUGCCAUAGUAGCCAAGGGCAGUUUCCACUCACGCAAAAUGUUACAGUUGUUGAAGGUGGAACAGCAAAUUUGACAUGUAGGGUUGAUCAAAAUGAUAACACCUCCCUCCAGUGGUCAAAUCCAGCUCAACAGACUCUGUACUUUGACGACAAGAAAGCUCUAAGGGACAAUAGGAUUGAACUGGUUCGAGCUACAUGGCAUGAAUUGAGUAUCAGCGUCAGUGAUGUGUCUCUCUCAGAUGAAGGACAAUACACCUGUUCUUUAUUUACUAUGCCUGUCAAAACUUCCAAGGCUUUUCUCACUGUACUAGGUGUUCCUGAGAAGCCUCAGAUUAGUGGGUUUUCAUCACCAGUUAUGGAAGGAGACUUGAUGCAACUAACUUGCAAAACAUCUGGAAGUAAACCUGCAGCUGAUAUCAGAUGGUUUAAAAAUGACAAAGAGAUUAAAGAUGUCAAAUACUUAAAAGAAGAGGAUGCAAAUCGCAAGACAUUCACUGUCAGCAGUACACUUGAUUUCCGAGUGGAUCGAAAUGAUGAUGGCGUGAAAGUAAUUUGCAGGGUAGACCAUGAAUCUCUAAAUUCCACACCUCAGGUAGCAAUGCAGGUCCUAGAAAUACACUAUACACCAUCAGUUAAGAUUAUACCAUCUACUCCAUUUCCACAAGAAGGACAGCCAUUAGUUUUGACUUGUGAAUCCAAAGGAAAACCCUUGCCAGAACCAGUUUUGUGGACAAAGGAUGGUGGAGAAUUACCAGACCCAGAUCGAAUGGUUGUGAGUGGUAGGGAGCUAAAUAUUAUUUUCCUAAACAAAACGGAUAAUGGUACAUAUCGAUGUGAAGCAACAAACACUAUUGGCCAAAGCAGUGCAGAAUAUGUCCUGAUUGUGCAUGAUGUUCCCAACACUUUGCUUUCCACCACUAUCAUCCCCUCCCUUACCACUGCAACAGUCACAACUUCUGUUCCCAUAUCAGCCACUACAACCACAUCUGCAACAACCAGCAGCAGAAGAGAUCCCAAUGCUCUGGCCGGACAGACUGGCCCUGACCAUGCUCUUAUAGGAGGAAUUGUGGCUGUUGUCGUGUUUGUCACACUGUGUUCUAUAUUUCUGCUUGGUCGAUAUCUGGCAAGACAUAAAGGAACAUAUUUGACAAACGAAGCUAAAGGAGCUGAAGAUGCACCGGAUGCUGACACAGCUAUUAUCAAUGCAGAAGGCAGCCAAGUCAACGCAGAGGAGAAAAAAGAAUAUUUCAUUUAG